AGAGGAGAUAGAGAGGGUAAUUGUUGAGAGGUUUGGGGCGGAUAAAGUGGAGUCUUACCAGGGCCACAUGGGCCUGGAUGAAGUAAAAAAACUCUUCAACCGAGCUCGGCUCCUCAUCGGACCCUCCAGCCUCGCCCUCUCCUCCCUCCUCUUCCUGCCAUUCAAUGCUGCUCUGCUCGAACUCCUCCCCCGCCUGCUCUCAAUGCCUCUACUCCUGGAGGAGCAGCAAGCGAUCCUGAGGGGUUUGGCUCCCUGGCAGCAGCUGCUGGUAUUGUGCGGUAUGCUGUCCCUUGCGAUUCAGUGGCAGCACCUGCAGCAAAACCCGACCCUUCGGAUUCGACUGGGGAAGGCGCAUCUGGUGGUGGCAUGUCGUGCAGGGUUCAUCUGGUGGAGGCUGCACUCGAAGAGAUCAUGAGCAUGCACUUCAGCGAUGUGAAAAGGACAGCAACAGCAACUGCAACAGCAGAUGAGACUGCAAAGGCAGCUGGCUCGUCUGCCUCUUCACUUCCCUCCCCCUCGACUGCAUCCCCAUCCCCACCACCACCAUCCCCCCCUUCCUCUCCCCCUCCUGCCACCCCUACACCUUCACCCCCCACAUCACCACCACCACCACCGCCAUCACCAGCAGCAGCAAUACCAGCACCACCGCCGCCAGCACCCCCAGCGGCAGCAGCAGCAACAAAACCCGCUCCUGUAGUGGCCCACCCCACCCGCAGCUCCCCCGGGUCAGAGAAGGACGAGGGGCCCCAGCCGUCCCCUGGUAUGAGCUGAACGAGCAGCAGUGGGACCAGCACCGUGAGAGGAUCGCUGCUGCUGAUGGGGGCGCAGGGGCGUUUGACGCCCUGCUUUAUAACCUUACUGUGCCGCCUGAAAACGAGGAUGAGACAGGGGAAGGAGAGGGAGGAAGAGCGGGAGGAGCAGCAGGAGGAGGGGAUGGGGGAGGGGGGGUGAGUGAGGAGGGGAGUGGAGGCCAGAAGACGACAGGAAACUACCGCCCUCCUCCUUUUCCAGAUUACUCGGACCAUAUCCCUGGCACGCGGUUACACACCAAGCGGCAAGUGUUACUUUUCAACAAGUGGAUGGAGUGUGUUCUUAGGGAGGGGAGGUGGGUCUUCAAUGCCACACCUCGCACCCUCCCCUGGGAAUACACCGGAUUUAUGAACAUGUGUGAUCAUAAGCAGGUGGAGAAACGGAAGGGGAAGGCUGCUUGGGGGGCGGAUGAGCUGGUGCUUAAAGGGGUGAGUCCGGAUAAGUGGGCGGUAAGAGAAACACUUAAGUACGAGUACUUAGUUCCGGAGGAUAAGUGUGGGAAUGCUGUGCUUAAAAAGGCAGUGGAAGCAGAGCUGGGUGUGGAUGCUGCUGCUGCUGCUGCUGGUGAAAAGGAAGCAGCAGCAGAAGAUGAGGAGGUUCCUGUAUGGAGGAAAUUUGACGGGCUGGAUUUCUGCAAGCGGGCAGCUCGGGCAGCCGAAACAAGGCGCGACCGGCUUUGGAGCAACGGCACAUCUGCCCUGGCAGGCGAAAAGGCACCGGCAGCAGCAGGCGAGAGAUGGAUGGAUGAUCCUCGGAGGAUGCACAAGGGGUUCACAGUGUACAUCGUGGGAGACUCCCUACAGAAUCUCUUUGCAGCCACGUUUCUCAACCACAUGCUGUGGCACGUGCACAAGAGCGCGGCGUGGGUGCUCAACCGCACCAUCUGCUACCAGUGGGUGGAGCACCUCCCCCACGUGCACUGCCACAUGAACUUCUUUAACACCUCAGAGAGUGUCUGCCCCGGGGCGUUCGGUGGGGAUGCUGCUGCUGCUGGUGCUGGUGCAGCUGCAGCUGCUGGUGCUGCUGCUGGUGUUGCAGGUGCUGCUGGUGCUGCUGGUGCUGCUGGUGCUGCUGGUGCUGCUGCCGGGGAUGUUGGCACGAAUGGCAGUAGCAGCAGUGACGCCGGCGCCUUUGCGAUGCAUUUCACUUCAAACCGGUGGCUCACAGUGGGAGACACUUUCGUGGCUAAGGAAAGCGUCCCUUGGUCCCAACACGGCGCGUUGGUCGAUGCUGAUGUGCUGUUGAUUAACCGAGGGGCACACUUUACUAAGGAUGACGCUUAUGUAAAAGACUUGCGGCGGGCGCUGCGAUUCGUCCGGAGAAACUUCCCUAAUAAGCUGAUUAUCUACAGGAACACUCCGCCGGGGCAUUUCAACUGCACCGAUAACCUGGGGCCUUUAUCGGAACGGCAGCCGGCUGAAAUAUUGCCGUUUAAUUGGGGCGGUUUUAUGCGGCAAAAUGAGCUGGCAAAACGGCUGGUGGCAGAGGCGGGGGGAAUUUACAUGGAUGUGGAGGGGGUUAUGGCUUUAAGGCCGGAUGGGCAUACCAGCUGGAUGGAGGAGACGCCUCGGGAUUGCCUGCAUUACUGUACUCCGGGGCCUAUGGAUUUUUAUGCGCAGUUUGUUUACAACAUAUUGCUCCAUUCUGUUCUGUAGAGCUGCUUUGGUGUCAUUUUUGCCUUUUUUGAUGAUGUGGUGAAGUAAUCCGAACGUUCCACAUCCUUCU